CAAGGUGACGCUUUUUCUACCAGCAGGUCAGUACUAAACGUUACCCUUCUGGGAAGUGAAUGGAAUUCCUCAGAAGGUGGUUUGUCAACUUUCAACAGGGAACUUGCAAUUUACCUUUCAAAACACCCCAAAGUGGAAGUGACAUUGUUAGUUCCAGAGGGAGUUUGUAAAGAUGAGGAGAAAAGAGAAGCCGCAAGCUAUGGGGUUACUAUCAUCGAGGCAAAGAAACAACCAGGCUAUGAUCGUCUUCACUGGUUAACCUGCCCACCUAAAGAUCUCAGUAUUGAUGUGAUCGUUGGACAUGGUGCGAAACUUGGUUGCCAAGCACAGAUAAUACGAAGUAAUGUCAAAUUUAGUAACUGUAAGUGGCUGCAAGUGGUGCAUACGGCUCCAGAAGACCUCAGCAAGUUCAAAGAUGACAAUGAUCCCCUUUCAAAAGGUGAAAAAAAGCAUCAUGUUGAAGUCGAGCUUUGCGAACUUGCCGAUCUUGUCAUUCCUGUUGGACCACGAUUGACCGAGUUUUUCUCUACGUAUUUACGCGGCUGCAAAAAUGAUAACGACUUGUUUUUGUAUACUCCAGGACUUUUCGAAAGGGAAUUCGGGGAUUUAGAACAAGCUGCUUGUGAAAAUGCAGACUUUAGAGUUUUAAUAUUUGGUCGUGGCUCUAAGAAGGAUUUCGAGGUUAAAGGGUACGACAUUGCUGCCAAAGUAUUUACGGACGUAAGAUUAAGGAAGAAGCGUUAUCAACUGAUCUUUGUUGGAGCACCUGAAGGAAAGCAAGACGAGGUUAGAGAAAGACUUUUGAAGUUCGGUAUUGCUAAAGAGCAGCUGAUUGUCAGAGAAUUUAUAAAACGCAGAGACAAAAUAAAAAAAUUGUUGUGUGAAGUUGAUCUUGCCAUCAUGCCGUCAAAAUUAGAGGGAUUUGGACUCGUCGCCCUUGAAGCCUUGUCUGCAGGCCUCCCCAUUCUUGUAGGCAGUAGGUCAGGAUUUGCCGAAGCGUUAGAGAAUGUCCUUCAUGGUAGUGCAUGCAUUGUGUAUUCAGAUGAUCCUGCAGAGUGGGCAAAAUCAAUUGAAGCUGUACGUGUCAGACAUGGAAUGCGGCUUAAAGAGAUCAAAGCUCUGAAAGCAUCGUAUGGAAAGAUGUACAGCUGGAAGACGCAGUGUGAAGCUCUUGUGGAGAGGAUGUGGAAAAUGGUCUAUGGUAGGGUAGAUGCACUUUAGUAAUUUAGUAAGCUGGCGUAGUUAGUUUUACCUUAUCGUGGUACAGCGAUGGUCGUCUGAACAUGUCACAAUAAACUUACCCGCAAGAGAGGAUAAAGGGGACAGCGAAGGCAUCCCCCAUACACACCCUAUUCCAUAGGUAAUUCGUCUCGAGUUAUUUUUAGAAUCGGGAUAAAGUAACCGCGCGCGCUGCGUGGAUGUUUCGUGGAGGUUUCGCAUGACUAAACGCCGUGCAAAACAUGUCGGGCGAAAGGCAAUGAAAGCGUAAAGAGAUCGAGAGCAUUUCUGAAUAUUGAAGCGAAAUGAGUCGGCGCUCACCUGGGAAAAGGGAAUUGCUGCACUCUUUGACAACCCGUGAAAUCAGUUUAACUCUAAGUUGUCGUAACCUCAGUGCUUUAAUAAAAUGAGAAAUUUCGCCGGUCUAUUGAAACCGGUCGUUUGUAUAAUAAAGCAAGUAGGACGCCAAGUGUUAUUUUUGUUGAAUAAUAAAAGACUAACAAAAGGAAAAAUAUCAAACCAGAAAUUGCUCUCUUCAAACUGUAAAUUAUAAAUGAUCCUGAGCGAAUACCGGUAUUCAGUGUGUUAAGGAUUAGCCUGCCGUAGUGUUAGUUCUACACAAGAGAGGAAGGGCGAUUCUUUUUUAAUAUCCGUUUCGCUGACACAGCUUUAGCAGAAAUCUCUCUUUACUCGUUUUCGUCGACAAAACAAAUAGCAAUAUCGCUCUCCGCGUCUUCCGCCAUUUUUUUCUGCGUCAAUUCGUGAAGGACGCGUGGCUCUGAGCGUGGGUCAUCCGCGUGGAACACAUUCGCGCUAUGUGAUUUGCUGUUGUCUAAUCCCCCUUGGGAUCUAUGGUCUUAAAAAUAACUCGAGACGAAUUACCUAUGGAAUAAGGUGUGUAUGGGAGAUGCCUUCUCUGUCCCCUUUAUCCUCUCUUGCUUACCUGCUAUUGGCCGGGCGACUGCAGCUUGCUGAAAAAAAACUUUGACCGGCUGAGGUAGAAGCCCUUUUAAACCUAAUAAGCAUCACUUUCUUUUUGUAAAUGAAAAUUAUAGCACGUCGUACUAACAAAGCACUAUUCCGUAAGGAUUAAUUAUUCGUUUCGUUUCGAAUAUCGUAGAAGUAAAAGUACAAGAGCCAACCAUCCAUACAAACUAAGGAAAUGAGCUAAAGUUAACUCCUUUAAGUACUCCUUCUUUGUAAGAAUCGUCAAAGACUGGAACAGUUUGCCAAACCAUCUCUUCACUGAUGAAAUCAACGUUCACUAAUUUAAAAAAGGCUUAAAAAGGUGAAUGAAAAUUUAUUGACACAGUAGCUCAUAUGUAUUGUAAUUGUAUAUAUCUUCAUUUUAAAUCAUCAUUCUUACUUCUUUCUAUACCAUUUUUUACCUGCACUAAUGAUUUUUACGAGCGUUUUUCAUUAUUUUUAAUAUUUUUAAAGUUCAGUCAGGGGACCUUUCAUAGGGAUAACCUCGCGGUCCACCUUUUCAAAUAUGCAGCAUGUUUAUAUGCAUAUGUAUUUGAAUAAAGUAUUAUUAUGAUAAUUCGGCUAACGGGAUUGUGGUUCCCCGGACGGAAGUAUCGGAUACGUCACCGAGAUGCACCAUCAUGUAAAGGCCUGAAAAAAAAAAACUGAAAACGCGGCUUAAAGAUUACGCAUGCAUAUAAUUUACAAAUUAUUCGUGUACCUUUUUUUUUCGUUGAACAUCAACCUCAUUUCUUGUGAGAAGCGAAUUUGCUAUUGUAACGAAAGCUUUUUUUUUUUUUCUCACAGGGUCCUCCUGGGAAAGUAACAAAAGUCGAAGAAUAGACUCCUCUGCUCAUGACGAGCAGUUUGUUUGUCAAACGUCCCUAAAUCGUAACUCUGAAAUGAAAGCUGAUGAUGCAUCUGGAAAUCAAACUGAAGUAUCCACAAUGGAAGGCCAUCGGUCUCAAAACAACCGAAAGCGUAAAAUUUCAGGAUCUUCCUAUGAUCCAGGUAUGGCAUAACUGAAAGGGCGGGGUGAGUUGUUCGGUUUUACAGUGGUGCUUUUCUACGAUACACCUUUUUACUGUUUGAAUUUUUAUCUUAGCAGUGUGAAAACCGAUUUUAAGGAUGGUCGUGAAUGAACUACAAUAUGUAUUUAAAAUGAUUAACCUAUCUAGUGAUAAUUCUUUCCCAAUUUCAGCGUUACAUUCAGUACUUGCAUGGUGAAGAAAAAAAGAAAGAUUGCAUGGAGGCCUGAUCAACCUCUUUCGCGGGGGCAAGUAGGAGAGAACCCUAGGAACGAGGUUGGAGAGCUGAUAUGAUUUGGAUUCUGCCCAUAUUUCGAUAAGAACUUUCUCAGUGAUGUUAUCCUCGCAGGCACUGUUAUCUAGACCUGAGGGAUAAACGGGAGGAAGUAGUCCAUUAAAUUUCGACAACACAAAUACAAUGUACACUUAAUAUCGUAGGGCUUUAACCGCCGAUAGAGUGUCCGCUGUGAUUGAACAUAUGCAGGAUGCGCACAACUUGGCCUUGAAAUUUGUGGGCAUCGGAUCUCUCUUACUGUUGCCCACUUGUACAACUAAAGGGCAGCUGGGUUUUUCGUACAGAAUUUUUUACCUUUCACCCUGUCGCAGUAAUACGUCACCAAUUCACGGUAACUGUCAACUCAGAUUCAACACAGAUUUUAUCUUGGGCUCGAGAAUACUACAAACCGGGGCACUAGAUUUUACACCUGAACUAUCAUGCAAUAGACAAGAGACCUUAAAGUCUCUUGAGUAAUCUAAAAUACGUUUCUGGUAAUAUUUCGGGUUUUCUCAAUGAAGGCUUGCCAUUUUUCAGUGGUAUUUUGUUUGUUUUCAGACAUUAUUACCAAGCACCGUUACCAGGACCUGAAUGAUAAUCAGAGGAAAAUAAUCCAUGAAACUCUUGAACAACAAAUACAAUUGUACUUUCGACAUCGCACUGUUUACUCUGAGGAAGGAGUGUCUGGUCUGAUCGAAUAUAUAGUUGACACGCACAAGGUGGCCACGAAAUCUGUUGGUUUGGGGUCUCUAGAAAUAACGUUUCGUUGCCCCACCCUGGAGAGUCUUGAGAGUCUGUGGAGUGACUAUCAGUCUGGUCACCUUAAUGACAUUGCUGAGAGAUACCUUGUGACAGAAGACAUAAAGAAGAAACUCAACUUGCAAAAUAUCAGGUUAAAGACAACUAUUGAAGAAGAAAACUACAGCAACUGCAAGAAGAUUUUAGUGGAAAAGUCAGGUGAGUUUAACAUUAAGAUUUAGCUAAAAUAAAUUAAUACCGGUGACUUACCCACAGUGGGUAAAGGUGGCCCGAACCUAUUUAUUUGCGCGUUGGUUAUGUUUUUGAAUCGGGUUUUUCGGUAGGAAUGAUUUAAGGUGGCUCGACUGGAUUUUUUGGGGUUUAUACCUCCCAAGUUUGAGCAUUAACUACGUCGGCAUGAGUAAAGAUAUCGAAAAAAGGUUACCACAACUGUACUACAUAAAGAUGAAAAUUUCUUAUGAUCUGGGUUUUAUUGCAAUCGGAGUCGCCAUGGCAACGUAAUGACGCCAUUACGUUUUUCAUUUAUCCUUGUGUUUCUCUAUACCAGGAGUUUUUUGAAGAAAUCGCUUAAGGGAGUAUGUACCUGCCAUAAUUGCCUCCAUUAUUGCAAAGUUUGAAGAAAUUCUAUGAGAGCGUUUUCGAAAUAUUUCGAAAUGCAGUUUUAAGAAUCAUCAAAGCAGUGAAAUAGCAUGUUAGCCGCUCAAUUCGCUAAUAUUUAAAGAAAAUGAUAAGCUUUGGGAACGCGGCUUCAUCUCAUGGUGGUUUGAUUCCAUUGAAAACUGCAUACAAAAAAAGAGGGGAAUUGCUCUGGGCGAUCGCGAGUAAGAAGAAUUUUAUUAACUUGCAUUCAGCUGCUUUUGAUACAGUUUUUGGAGGUAAUUUGGUCCAUGCCUAAGAAUUUCGCAUUUUUCCAAAAACCGCUCGAUAAAUUUUUUUAUAAAUUCGACAAUCCCGAGAUCAAUUGUCAAGAAAUAUUCCCUGCAAGUUUCAAGAACAUUGAAAACAGGGAAGGCUUUUAAAUAGGGACUCAAACAUAACCAAUUUUCCCCCCAGAUUUUGUGUUUACAAGUGAGCGUCUUCAUUAUUCACUGGCAUUGUUUUCAAGUUUCAUAUGCACGUGCACAACUAGCAAAAAAUAUAAAUUUGCAUCAAAAAGAACUCUCGAUUACUUUCCGAAGAAAUAUCCGGUAUAUGCUAAUAAUUGGCUUGUCGUCACAGAUAGCAGUGAGAGCCGAAACGGUGAACGUCUCGGCUCAUCGUGUAGGAGGCAAUACUUAAUUAUCUUACUCGGGUUAUAACAUCACAGAAACUCUCACAAAGAGUUGCUCUGAUGUUAUAAUGUAUCACUAACCUCUUUACCCGGUAAUUAGCAUAUCCCGAAGAUUUAACCGAGGGUCCUUUUUGAUGCAAAUUCUAUCUUUUUGCUAAAUGUGCACGUGUAUAUGAAACUUGAAAACAAUGCCAGUGAAUAAUGAGGACGCUCACUUGUAAACACAAAAUCUGGGGGGAAAAUUGGCUAUAUUUGAGGCCCUAUUUAAAAGCCUUCCCUGUUUUCAAUGUUCUUAAAACUUGCAGGGAAUAUUUCUUGACGAUUGAUCUCGGAAUUGUCGAAUUUAUAAAAAAAUUUAUCGAGCGGUUUUUGGAAAAAUGCGAAAUUCUUAGGCAUGGACCAAAUUACCUCCAAAAACUGUAUCAAAAGCAGCUGAAUGCAAGUUAAUAAAAUUCUUCUUACUCGCGAUCGCCCAGAGCAAUUCCCCUCUUUUUUUGUAUGCAGUUUUCAAUGGAAUCAAUCCACUAUGAGAUGAAGCCGCGUUCCCAAAGCUUAUCAUUUUCUUAAUAUAUUAGCGAAUUGAGCGGCUAGCAUGCUAUUUCACUGUUUUUAUGAUUCUUAAAACUGCAUUUCAAAAUAUUUCGAAAACGCUCUCAUAGAAUUUCUUUAAACUUUGCCAUAAUGGAGGCAAUUAUGGGAGGUACAUACUCCCUUAAGCGAUUUCUUCAAAAAACUCCUGGUACAGAGAAACGCAAGGAUAAAUGAAAAACGUAAUGGCGUCAUUACGUUGCCAUGGCGACUCCGACUGCAAUAAAACCCAGAUCAUAAGAAAUUUUCAUCUUUAUGUAGUACAGUUGUGGUAACCUUUUUUAGAUAUCUUUACUCAUGCCGACGUAGUUAAGGCUCAAACUUGGGAGGUAUCGCCCUAAAAAAAUCCAGUCGAGCCACCUUAACCGAUUUCCAUGAUUUUUGGCAUCUUUAAUAAAGAAUGGUCGAACUUUGGGAAAAUGAUAUUUAUUUUCUUAACCCUAAGACAGAUUUUUCUCUAACUUCGGCAAAUAAGCCUCAGAGCUCUCUAAUUUUAUAUCUGCAAGUUUGAAGUCAAUCGUGACCGUAGAACUCGCUGCACAAAUAGCUGGUCAAAUUUAACCUUAAAAUGCAACGCUAAAACAUUUGUGAAAGUUGACACACCAAUAGAGGACAACUGCCGGCGGACUAUCUCCUAUCUGCAAGGGUAUUCUUGCCCAAAGCUUCAGUUGCAAGAAACUGAGUAAUCACAAACCUACGGCGAAUACAGUUCGCAAUACAAGAAGAACAACUUUUUGCUGAAUUCGGGGCAUGAUUAAAUAACUUCUAUUUAUCAAAAUUACUGUAUUUUCCCUUCUCUUUUCGCCCAAAAAAUCUAAAGAAAGCAGGGUAUAACAUCAACGGAAGUCUCCUACCAGUUUUUAGCACUGAAGCUUCCCCUUUUGAGGAGAAAUAAAGCCACCAACUCCAGUACUUCAACCGAUCCAUUUUCAGCUGCAACGAAAACCCGUGUAUUAGGUAAUUUAUUCAAGUUUGAAAGAUUUGCCAUUACAUUCGCACGGGCCUUUUGCCAUUGGGGAUAGUGAAAAGAAUAAGACGAUUGUCAUAUUUUCUUCAUCUUUAUCCCCAAGUGGCAAACUUCCCGUGCGAAUGUGAUGUCAAGUCUAAAAACCUUGAAUAAAUUACCAAGUAAAAGGGCUUUCAGUGCAGCUGAAAAAUGGACGGUUAGAAGCGCUGGAGUUGGUGGCUUUAUUUCUCCUCAAAACGGAAACCUGCGACGCUAAAAACUCUUGAAAGUUUUUCGUAGAUAAUAUAAUUUGCCUCGUUAAGAUAGGUUUCGAAAAGAGAGGGACAAAUACGCAGUAACUUUGAUAAAUAGAAAUUAUUUUAUAUUGCCCCGCAUUCAGCAUAAAGUUGUUCUUCUUGUAUUGCGAACUGUAUUCGCCGUAUGUUUCUGAUUACUCAGUUUCUUGCAACUAAAGCCUUGGGCAAGAAUACCCUUGCAGAUAGGAGAUAGUCCGCUGGCAGUUUUUCUCUAGUUCGUGCGUCAACUUUCAAAAAUGUCUACGCGUUGCAUUUUAAGGUUAAAUUUGACCAGCUAUUUGUGCAGUAAGUUCUCCGGUCAUGAUUGACUUCAGAGAGCUCUGAGGCUUAUUUGCCGAAGUUAGAGAAAAAUCUGGCUUAGGGUUUUGAAAUUAUUGACAUUUUUUGAAAAAUGCGGUUUUAAACAUAUGCCGAUAUCUCAAAUGCUUUUAUACCUACAAGAAAAUGAAUAACAUUCCUGAAGGAUGCCAAAAAUCAUGGAAAUCGAUUAAAUCAUUCGUGCCGAAAAACGCGAAUCAAAAACAUAACUAACGCGCAUAUAAAUAGGUCCGGGCGUACCUUCCUUACUGAAUUCCCUGAAUCCAUUCUGAGUUGAAUGAAAUGGCCGUGUGGGGAGAGUUUUAUUUUUGUAGGUCUUGAAUGAUAAUAACGCAGAUGCUGCUGAGUUUUUUAUUACAAUUCUGAAAUAGCUUUUGCUUAUUACCCGAAAGAUAAAUGAAAACACAUGAAAGUAAACUAAAAUAAUAUAAGCAUUCGUGACAAAGGUGUGCUAGAUACACUAGCUUUACUUCAUUGUGUGUUAGCAGUGUUAACAAGCAGCAUUGGCUUUUCACCUGAAUCAGAUCAAGAAACAGUGGACUUUUUACGGUUUGACCCAAGCUCAGAAGUUUCUAAGGUGGGAUGGUAUAACUGUUAAUAUUAUAUAACGAACAACUGCAUUACAAAAAAUACGUUUUGUUUUCUUUGGGGAAAGACCUAGAACAGCAAAUAAUUUAUUUAACAAUUUCGGCUACCAGUAUUGAACUAUAAAUUGGUAAAUCUACACAAACUGCUCGGUUCGCGUUCAGGUGUUUUGCAGUGCAUUCACUGAGAAAUGAGAGAUUGACUCUAUAGACUACAAUUUAUAAGCGUUACAACAACUUAAAACUUUUUUCACAAGAGGCCAACUCGGGAUCGAAAAGCUACGAGUCUGUCGAUAGAAAAAACGAGAACUCUUUCAUAUUUCAGUAAGUAAUCGUUUCUGCGAGGAUAAAGAACAUGUAUUAAAAAACAGACUCAUCAAACUUUAUUAAUGCCGUAUAUUUCAGAGCACGAGUUAUUGAAAAAAGUAAUUUUCAAUAGAAUAUAUUCUAAAAAUAUUCUUAGUUCUUAACAACCUUGGCUCCUCGUAGACGUUCCUCAAAACUCUGGACUAUUUUUCGGCACUGUGUCAGGAUAUAAACAGAUGUUUUUUCGCAGCUACUCCUCAUGAGUAGAUAACACCCAUCGAGUGAUAUGUUGUGCGUAUUCUUGUCAUUUUCAUCUUUAAUUCACUCGGGAAUAAACACUAGUUGUCUCGCCUGGAAACUAGGUUGAUCGAUGGUUUAUGUAAUUUAUACCAUCGAAUCAAUUGUAAAUUGCUACAUCUUCCAAAUAUGGUAAGCGCCAGUCGGUUACGAAGAACUAGACGUGGGAUUGGAGCCAAUCAGAAACAGCGAAAUAUUUUGAAUGAAUAAUAAUUAGGUAUACUGAGACAUUCACAAUAUAGUAUCGUAUCGAUGGUAUAUUUGCUCUAACUAUGGUCACCGCCAGCUGGUUAUGGAGAAUUAUCCGGGAGAUUUUAAAAGCCAAUCAAAAACGAUGAAUUAUUUGGAAUGACUAACAAAUUUGUUUAACAAUCUUAGGACAAGAACCAGGUUCUGACCCAUAAGGAGAGAGCUGAGAAAGCGAAAGUAAGUUCAGCCGUAUUGGUAGUGUAGGUGUGCGCUCGUUGUCCAUUUAAUCAACGGAAAACAAAUAUGAAAACUUGAAAUCUGUGAAAGAUUUAGUAAUUCCAUAUUAUUAACGACUUUCUCGUAAAUCAGAGCUCAGGUUUAUUAUGAGUUGCAGCAUUGUCCUUCUUCCUGUAUGCAAUGGCUAGGACGGCCUGGAGGACUUUGUACUGUAUUGGUGUGUUACUAGUGUCUCCAGUAUUUAUCCAGAUGCUGAUAGUAAAGUUAUCGGAAUGGAAAAGAAUUUUAAAACUCGUGAUUGCUGGCUGCAUGAGGCUUGCUAAAAGUCGGUUUUAGAGGAUUGGCAAGUUUUGUCGACCUAAGGUCGCCCACCAAAAUUUAAUCAAUGGCUAUAUCAUUCGAAAUAUGGAAAUACUUGUCCAUGCUCAAUCCACGUACUGCGCGCGUACCAAUUUAUAACCUCGGCUUUGCAGAAAUGUUGAACUUCCCCGCGCGUUAAAACCAUUAUUAUACAUUGUGCUCACUAUCUGUAUUCUCAUUGGCUUAGAGCCUACAGCUAAUUUUGAAAAUCAGCGCAACUUGCAGAUUAGUUAGUCAUCUGCCAGAGAUAACUGACUGAUUUCCAAUAAUAGUAUCAAUUCACAUUCCUUGCGACGGUGUAUUUGUCGUUAUUUUCUUCAAAACAAUGUAUAAUAAAACAAUUUUUGGAUUCGGUUUUUGUUAUAUCCUAAAUAAGCAGGGUGUCGGUAGGUGUUAUCAGCUUCGACCUUCGGCUCGGCUGAUAACACUUACCUCGACCUCGAUUAUUCCGGAUAUCACAAAAACCUCGUCCGAUUAUUGUUUAUUACUUUACGUUGACCGAUUUUGUCAUUGCAAUUUAUUAACUUUGCCAAAACAAUAAGAUAAGAAAAAUUGUUCACACUACAAAAGUUAACUAGAAUAUAGCAAACAUUUGUUUGUUUGUUUUUGACAGAAGUUAGGCCUAGAAGAGGUGUGUCAGAUCUGUUAUAACUUAAAUUGUAAUCAUUUAGUGCAAGGUGUGUAGAAAUGGAUUGUUAUUCACCUUCUGAUAAAAAACAGGCGUCAAGAGGUUCUCUACACAAGGCUGCUAUUAGUGGACGAUACGAGACGGUCAAAAUGCUUCUUGAAAGUGGUGAAGAUGUGGAUCAAAGAGAUCAGGUUUUAUUUAAGUUUUUUUUGUUAUCGGGCCGGUUAGAAAACUUAAAAGGGUAAUAUGGACCUAAGCUGCCUUAAAACAAGCCUGUACUUGCGGAAUGAAUUUCUGAUCCCACCUCGACACCUCGCUCGUGCUUCGCACGAGAUUGGAGUUAAUCGAGAUGAGUUCUUAAACUUUUUCUUAAGGAAACUCACCCUUUAAUUAUUAAGCAAGUUUUAGCGUUUUUUGCUGUAGACUGUAAAUUUCAGUUUCAAAUGGAUAUAUCAGAAUGUCGAUUAUAUGUUGGUUUACCUGUGGAAGGAUGUAAGAUAGCUUUAAGCUGGUUCUAUAAAACUGAGCCCAAUAAUUUCCAAUAAUUUUGCUAGUUCCCUUUUUUAACCUUCUUAACCUGCUCUGUCUAUCUUUUCGUUAGUUUUCUUUAACUCCUCUUCAUCUUGCCUGUUGGUAUGGACAGGAAUCUGUUGUCAAACUCUUGUUAGAAUACGGUGCGAACGUCAACGCUGAAGACAGGGUGAGUUCAGUCGAUGGUUAAACGCGUAAUUUUUGUCCUUGAAUAAAGAGGCUGUUUUUAAAAUAACCUGUGUUGUUUUAAGCUAGAAGAGCAAGAUUUGGGAUUUAUUAAUCGAGAUCACGUAUUUUGGUUCUCUUAAACCCUUUAUAAUGUGAAAGUGAUGUUUUAUAAAAGCGCAGGUUUAGUAAAAGCGCAUUCAGUAACCCUGCGUUGAAUUCUAGUUAUAUUCUUCUCUUUCAAUGCAUGAAAAUUUUGCCAAAAAAAACAACAAUGAAAGGAGUGAAAAAAAUUUCUUUAGGCCUAAAGUGUGUUUGGUGAUUAAUUUUCACAAAAGUGAAUCAAUGUUAAUGCUAAUCUGGUUUCUCAUCAGAAAAACUAAAUGGCUUUAUAUUUAAUAUUAAUUAAGUUGCCUGUGUUAGUUGUUUAAUGACGCUCGUCUUUUGUUUUCUUGCAUGUUUUGAGUAAUACAUCAAUAACCAGGAUAACGAGUUCAGUUUGCGCUGCUUUUUCCUAGUUUCAACGUACCCCUCUGCAAAAAGCGGAACGCCACAAUCAUAACUCCAUCGUGCAGUUGCUCAUGAACAGUAAUGCGAGGCCGAGUUACCAACAACCGGUAAGAUAUACACUGCAUGUAAGGGUACGCUUUUCGGUAAAUUAAAACAAGAGCUCUUCAUUCAACUAAGAUUCAACAUGUUACGAAAAGUAAUUAGGAUAUGAAACCUUGAAGACUUUGAAAAUAGCGAUAUGGCCAGAGAAAACGCACUUGCAGACUCUCAGAGAAUUGAGUGUCUCUUUGUCAUGAAAAGUUUAUAUCCUUUAAAAGUGGCGGGCAAUAAUUACCCCUCCUUUUAUUCGAAUGUUGUUUAUCAGUGAAUGGUAAUGAAUUGACUGGUUGCUGUGUUGGUUUAAUUCUCGUUUCGAGAAAGGAACAAUAGCAAGAAAUCUAGUCACGUAAACGUGCUCGAGGGUAUAAAUUGUUCCGUGCAAGGACAUUCAAGGAGCGAAAAAAGGAGAACAGUAGCUGUUUUACAAAUCAAUGAUACAAAAAGGUAGAUAAAUCUUUUUAUACCAUUUUAUUGCGCCUUAAUAGUCCGAUCUCGCGAGGUUUGUUCCUUUUUUGGUUAUAUCAUCAUAGUCUUACAAAGUAUAAAGGAAAAUAGCGAGAGACACACUCCGGCUAAUUUCUAUAGCGAAACACAUUCGAGCACUUAGUUUGAUUUUGAAAUAGAAGGGUAUUUUAAAACAUUUAAAGAAUACGACUUGUUUUGGAUACAUUAGUAUCCAUCGCCAGUUCACAGAAUUGUGACCAUGUAUAAAGUUUGAUAACUAACUUUAUUAUAUGAAAGUUAAUAGUACACCGAGUGGUACCCUGCGAACAGAGUCUCCUUCGAUCUUCCUAGAUAAGUCGGGAAGAGGAAGGAAUCUCUGCCGACAUCUUCAAGUUCCUUUGAUCUGUCGAUCAUCCAGCUUUUUGGAUGAGUCAGACAAGUUUUAUACUGGAUAAAACAGUUUUAUCUGUGCACGCACGCAUAUUCUGGAGUUUUGCUGACUCUUUCUGCGCCCACGCUCCAUAACAAAACAAAUAGCUGCCGCUUCAAUUUCAUGCAGGAAUUUUGAGAAAAUUAUAGAUUGAACGUUCAAUUUUAGAAAAAUUGGAAAAUGUACCCAGAUUCGAGAUGGAUUUUGUUUUGGAUUUAACCAUGUACUUGGCCGAUUUUACUUGGGUGAACGGAUCCACAAUCCAGUAAGUGUUACGCGAAGUUCUUAGAAGGAUAAACAAAUGGGUUUUGAAUGAAAAUAUUUAAGAAACAAUAUCUAUGUAUAUUCUUUUGCGUUUGCUUACAGAAUCCAUGUUGCAUUUACAUGAUGGAUGCUACGGUAACGGUUUGAUUGACGUUGCAGAAAAAUUUGAAUUUGGAGCAUGCUCAAUAUGAAUUGUCGAGGAUGUCGGCAGAGUCGCUUCCUCUUUCCCCACUUAUCUAGGAAAGAUCGAAGCGACUCUGCUAGCAGGGUAACCGAGUGGUAGCAAAUCGAGAAAUCCGCUAUCGCGCCAAUUAUGAUAUCAUUUAUAUCCACAGAUGUGUGAUAUCAUUUUUGACCAAUAAGCUCAUGGUAUUUUCGCGCGCUGUCAAGCACUUGUGGUUUUCCGUCGUUUGGUCUUUUCGGAGUUUUUGCGUUGGUCUUUUCGCGAGUCGAAGUUAAGUUUUAAGUUUGUUAUGAAAUGGAGACAAGCAGGUUUUCGAAAAACUGUAUGCUUCCAAAUGCCUGGGGUUUGAAAGCCCUCAAGCCAUUAUAUACACUCUGUGGCUAAAUUCGACCUCACAGGCUUCGCGACGGCAAUCUAACAGAGAGAGUGGCGUUGGGAUAUGUCAAAUCCGAGCAAACUCCCAACAGAAAAGAUUAUUUGUUGCAUUGGGAGGAUUUGUUAUAAUAAAAAGAAAAUUACAUAGCCUGAGAAAACAGCCGACAUUUGGCGACGCUACCACUGGUUUCCCCGCCAAACGACGUCUGAGAAACGAGCGCAGAAAUUCCAUACUGAUGACGCGUCACUACCCAUAUCUAGGUCUGGGUAGUGAUGCGUCAUCAGUAUGGAAUUUCUGCGCUCGUUUGUCAGACGUCAUUUGGCGGGAAAACCAGUGGUUAUGCGUCGCCAAAUGUCGGCUGUUUUCUCAGGCUGAGAAUUACAUGGUCGCUUGGAGAUACAAAAUUUCUCUUCUCGUGAUAUUUAGUCUUUAUUUCGCGUCCACAAAAGGCGUUGUUUUAGCUCACGUUUUUUUACUAGAGUGAUUUUACUUACCCCGUGAAAUAGAUAGUAGAAUACUACUCACUAUUUUGCAAUAAUUGUCUUUUUUUUAUUUUUUGUAGCUACUUUGCAUUAGUUGUUACUAAAUAUUUCACGGUUCAAGUAAAAUCGCUCUAUAAUAACACUUGUAAUUACAUUUAGUUAUUAUUCUCACUUUAUGCAGCAUCCUUUGUUCUCUAACUUAAUAAUGAUAAUAAUAAUUUACAUUUAUAUAGUGCAAACCUCUAAUAUAUGAAUUUAGUAUAUACAGACUCAGUGAUCUUGGUGAGAUUUAAGCAAUCCGAUUGGUUCGCUAUCUCGGACUAUUCAACAAUAUUCACCUCCUAGCGAGUGGAUAAUGUGUGAGCUCGGUGUUUUUCCCAUUUUUUUUAGAGAAUGAUCUCUUAAAAGUCGACAAAAUCCUAGGGUGGACCUCUUUUAAGGCAGGAAAAGACUUCGAAGGAUUCAAAACGGCGUUUUUCCAUUUACUGUAGCUGAGUGUUGUGCUCGAUGGAUUGUUUACAACUCCCGUUUAUUCGCGUUGAAGAGGCCGUUUCGUGAACUCACAGUUUCCUAACAAGAAACAUUUGGCCCAAAAAUCGAAGUUUAUUUAUGACAAAUAAAUGUGAAAGCAAAUGUUUCCGGAAAUUCUACGUUUCGAGUAAAUAGGAAAAAGAAUGCUACAGGAAGACGACGUCUUACCUCGAGCAACCGAGCCGCCAUUUUUUUGUCAGCACUUCAUGCCAAGAAAGACACAACAAACCUUUUUGGCUAUAAACUUGGCGAGUCAACAGAAAACAACAAAGCCCUACUUUUCUUCUCAGGUAAGGAAACAAUUCAAACUUUUAACGGUUCCAUUUAAGCCAUUACGCUGUUGUUUGCGAAGUGAUAAACUUGCGAAUUGCCAUGUUUGAAAAUUCUCCAAAGAUCUAUUUUUAAACUUACGCGUGAUUUGAUCCGUCAAUCAAUUCGUACGUUUUAAUGGUUUCCUUUCUGAUUUUGUUGAGAUCACUUCGUGUGUAUGUACUAAAACAAUUAUUCUUUUCAAUCUCGGUAAAUGGUGGCUUUAGGAAUAUUUACCUCGUCGCAAUAUUCAGCCACUUAAUUCACCUCGAUUUCAAAGAAUAAUUGUUAAAUAUUCGGUUGCGCUUUACAAUAUUGUUAUAUUAAAUUUAUGUUAAAGGUGAGUAAAGCGUAAGAAACUAUAAUUAAAAAGCUACCAAACUGUACACU